AUUUAUUAUUGAUCGGUUUUGGGAGGUUGUCACACGUCCCCGUUGUGUGACGAUAACUCGGGAUGCUAUCUGAGUGGCUGGCUGCUAAAUAGCUCUUGUGUAUUUAGUGACAGAUGGGAUUUCGCGCAGGAAGAAGCAAAGGGGGUACGGCGGUCGCGACUGACAGCUCUCCGAACUUUUGAGCUGAGGGGGGAAGAAAAUAAAUUAAAAAAAUCACAGAGCGGAUUUCGGUUGGAGUUUGUUUGGCGCAAUGUUGGGAAAAAAAAAGAGGAAAAGAAUGCAAAUGUUUAACCGGGGCGGUGUUAUAUCGGGACAGCCCUUCCAAUCAGUCAAAUCAAAGCUCCAACCAGCUCCUGUAAUGGCCCUCCCAGCUCUGCGUGUGUUUGUGCUAAUCGUCUGCAUGGCGGCCAGUGGAAUUUGCCAGAUAAACCCGGGCAAAGAAGAAGAAGAGAGGCCCCACCCACUGUCCCUGGGGUACACCACUCUCCAGUCAACACUUUUUCACACCACCACCACUGCAAACCCGUCAAGUCUGGGGCCGAUCGUGCAAAAAGUUGUAGCGCCCUCGAACGGGACGACAAUGAAAAAGCUCCCGUCCUGUAUCAUGCCGACGCAGAUCAACGUUUAUUUCAAAUACAUCAACACGGUGAUCUCCAUCGUGGUGCUGGUGGUGGGUCUGGUGGGCAACGCCACGCUCCUGAGGAUUAUUUACCAGAAUAAGUGCAUGAGGAACGGGCCCAAUGCGCUCAUAGCCAGCCUGGCCCUGGGAGACCUCAUGUACCUCACCAUCGAGAAGCCCAUCAACGUCUUCAAGCUUCUUGAAUCCCGGUGGCCGUUUGCAGACAACUUUUUCGGGCUGUUUCUGUGCAAACUGGUGCCGUUUGUGCAGAAAGCGUCAGUUGGAAUCACUGUCCUCAACUUGUGUGCUCUCAGCGUGGACAGGUAUCGAGCUGUGGCCUCCUGGAGCAGAGUUCAGGGCGUGGGCAUCCCUCUGUUCACCGUGAUCGAGAUCGUGUCCAUCUGGGUCCUCUCGCUCCUCCUCGCCGUCCCAGAGGCCAUCGGUUUUGACAUCGUCCCGUUCACCUACAGAAACCAGACGUACCGCACCUGCAUGCUCAACCCCCAGUCCGACUUCAUGAUGUUCUACAAAGAUGCAAAGGACUGGUGGCUGUUUGGGUUUUACUUCUGCGUUCCUCUGACCUGCACGGCCAUCUUCUACACGCUCAUGACUCUGGAGAUGCUGACCCACAGGAACGGCAGUCUGCGCAUCGCCCUCAGCGAACAUCUCAAACAGAGGAGGGAAGUGGCCAAAGCCGUCUUCUGUCUGGUUCUCAUAUUCGCUCUGUGCUGGUUCCCGCUGCAUCUGAGCCGGAUCCUGAAGAAGGUGGUGUACUACCCCAACGAUGAGUCACGCUGUGAACUUUUCAAUUUCCUGUUGGUUCUUGAUUACGUCGGCAUCAACCUCGCCACCAUCAACUCCUGCAUCAACCCCAUUAUCUUGUACUUCGUCAGCAAAAAGUUCAAGAACUGUUUCAAGUCGUGCCUCUGCUGCUGGUGCUACUCAGACAACCAGGUCAGCAGCAUCGGACAAAUGAACGGGACCAGUAUCCAGUGCAAGAGUCCAGAGCCAAACAACCUCCUCACGGAUCGAAGUUUGAGGAAAGACAGCGACUGAAAUGUCAAAAAAAAAAAAAGUGUAAGACUAUGAGCUCAACUUGAAGCACUUGGAGACAGCGGACUCUGUUUGAGAAAGUAAAAAAAAAAAAUCUCGGAAAAUUGAAGCGUUCAGUGGUGACAUACUUCGUGGAUUAAGUCAUCGUUGUCAGUAAUUCAUGGCGGGAAACAUGGAUUUUUUUUCUCUACUGCCCCCUAUGGCUGGAGGUGGUAUUUACAGACGUUUUAAACCACUUAAACUCCAAUAAGCAAUAUUAUUUUAUGGGUGAAUAUUCGUUCAUAUGUGAAUUCACUUGAUAGUUAGCAGGCAGUGUUUUAUUUUUUCAAUUUUUGUGCCUUUUAUAGUUGGAAAUUGAAUUGUAACUUGAAUCGUAGAAUCUAUAUAGAACAGACCUUUAGAUAAAUAAGCUACCAGUCAAAUAUUUGGACACACCUUCUCAUUCCGUGUAGUUUUUCUAUGGCAGAGUUGGGGGCUUGCAAGUCGUGAUUUGAACUUGAGUAACUAUUUUUAGGACUUGAGACUUGACUUGAUAAAACAGACAAGGACUUGGGA